CCGUGGUGCAGCUGCUGCGUUCAAGUGGCGCACUGUCCCGUCUGGAAGCAGAGAGGGCGAAGUUUCAAUCUGCAUUGCAGCCUGCGCGCUGCUGCCGGGGUCCAACACAACAAUGGCGACUCCCAGUCCUAACAGCAACUCCACAGGCUCCAGCAACAGCAUCGUAGGAUCCACGUCUCACCAGUUCCACCAGCAGACACAGAGCAGCAGCAUGCAAGAAACCAACACCUGCUGGAGAUGUCAAAAUGAAACAGGGUUUCAGAUAAGCCUGUCUGGAGUGCCCCAAAGUAAACGCAAAGCUCUGAAGCUGAAUUUCGCCAACCCUCCAGUGAAACCAGCCUCCAGGCUCCCGCUUAAUCCAGCACCUCCCUCUUUCCAGAAUCCUCACAUAGAGCGUCUGCGGACACACAGUAUCGAGUCAUCAGGGAAGCUGAAGAUCUCCCCAGAGCAGCAUUGUGACUUCACUGCAGAGGAUCUGAGAGACCUUGGGGAGAUUGGUCGCGGGGCAUAUGGCUCCGUCAACAAGAUGGUCCACAAACCCACGGGCCAGAUCAUGGCUGUAAAGAGGAUUCGAUCCACUGUGGAUGAGAAGGAGCAGAAGCAGCUGCUGAUGGAUCUUGACGUGGUGAUGAGGAGUAGUGAUUGCCCCUACAUUGUUCAGUUCUACGGAGCCCUCUUCAGAGAGGGGGACUGUUGGAUUUGUAUGGAGCUCAUGUCUACCUCAUUAGACAAAUUCUACAAAUAUGUAUAUUGUGCAUUAGAUGACGUCAUUCCAGAGGAAAUAUUAGGCAAAAUAACAUUAGCUACCGUUAAAGCACUGAACCACUUAAAAGAAAACUUGAAAAUAAUUCACAGAGACAUCAAACCUUCCAACAUUCUAAUGGACCGAAAGGGUAAUAUCAAGCUGUGUGAUUUUGGCAUCAGUGGCCAGCUGGUAGAUUCCAUAGCCAAGACCAGAGAUGCAGGCUGCAGGCCUUACAUGGCGCCUGAAAGGAUAGACCCCAGUGCUUCCAGACAAGGGUAUGACGUCCGAUCUGAUGUGUGGAGCUUGGGAAUCACUCUGUAUGAGUUGGCUACAGGAAGGUUUCCUUACCCCAAGUGGAAUAGCGUUUUUGAUCAACUGACACAAGUGGUGAAAGGAGAGCCUCCUCAGCUCAGCAACUCCGAGGAGAGGCAGUUCUCCCCCAAGUUCAUCAACUUUGUUAAUCUUUGCCUUACUAAGGAUGAAUCAAAAAGGCCAAAGUACAAGGAGCUUCUGAAACACCCCUUCAUUCUGAUGUAUGAAGAGCGUUUUGUGGACGUCGCCACUUACGUGUGUCGCAUUCUCGAUCAGAUCCCUGCCUCUCCCAUCUCGCCGAUGUAUGUUGACUGACUGAGUUAGGGCGGGGCUGGGAGGUCGGAAGUUCACCCAACAAGCAGUGGGUGGGACACAGAGCUUUGUGGCGCAACGCUUAACAUCUUAGUCUUCAGAGUUAUGUAGGGUCACCUGUUUAUUCACAUGUUCCAAAGAACAAAGGAACUAAGUCCCAAUUGCCCGGUGCAAUGAGAUGAAUAUUACUUAGCAAACCUUUCCACCUUCCAUCACCUCAUUUUAGAACGUAAAAUAUCAUCUUCACCCACAAAACUUUGAAGACAUGGCAUUGUCUUAGUGAAAUAUAAUGCAUCUUUUCAUGUGAGGAAAAAGGAAUAGAGUAUACAUAUAUGGAAUAUAUAUACUUGAGCUCGUACACAAAUAGAGAAUCUACCAAAUAAAAUGUUGAACAGUGAUGCUCAUGACAUAUGAACAAAAAUAGCCACAUAAUGGAUUGUACAUUGUGGACUGUAUGUAUGCAUAUGUGUGUUCACCUCUGAACUGUUGACAUGCCAGCAGAUCUACUGUCUAAACAAACACACUCUUUUCACACAGUCUAUUGUGAGCACCUUCAUUCAUGGUAAAAGAAUGAGUAUGCAAAAGUGUUUCUCUCCGGAAAGCUCAUGGAUUCGGUAGUGUGGCUUUACUUAUUUGCUUUUCCUUCUUUUUUUUCCAAUAUGCAAUCUGUGAGAGUUUGUCUUGAUACAAGAGUGGGAUGACUGACAGUUCUCACAUCUAAUGCUGGCAUCAGUUUGUAUCUCGUCUGUUAUCAAUAUGUUUGAGUCACAUUGCCUAGCAUCUGGUUUCCUGAAAUGUAAUUCCUUCUGUUGGUCUGGCUGAAUUGCAGUCAACUCGUAGCUGUACGGCAUUGCAAACUGAAUUAUCUUGCAACUAGUAACUUGCUAAGAUAUCUCAGACUUUGACUAUGUGCCAGGUGUUUGUCAUUUACCAGUCAACACUACGUAUACACCAGAAGCCUGCUACCAAAGGUAUUCUGCACAGAUCUUUGCUAAAGAGAAAAAAAUGUUGCCAGCUUUGUACAACAGGAAAUUGUAGGUACCUUAUGUAAGAUAAUAACAGCAGGACACUUAACUACACCUAAUAUUGUAACUCCUAAACUUUUGCUUCUCUUCGUACAAAUCAAACAACAUUUGUCACCUCUAGCCAAUGGUAUGUCUAGAUUUGGUUGGAAAUAAGGUGGUAGGUUAAAAAUCUGUCACGGCACUGCACAUAAAAUAUUUUCAUCCAAAAGAACUGUCAGCACAGUUAGCUUGUGCUAAAGUCAGGGGUUUGCUUGCUAACGAGUCUUUGCUUAUAAAAACCAGCAAGCUGAGAGAAGUGUGUGCAAGAGAUCCACUGGAAUCAGAGCUAAGCCAGUCAUUGUAUUUUGCUAACCAACGAGGAAUGACAUAUAACGUAGCUUGUUUUGUACAACGCAAAUGAAAAAUAUGUAUGAAAAUAACAGUACUUUAAAAUAUCUGAUAAUAAAACUCAUUAACUUAUAAUUGACGUGCUGAUUGAAUGAGUUGUUUCACUUCUAGCUAUUGGUACAUCUCCAUUUAGUUGCAACUGACCAAGCAAGUUAAAUAUUUCUUUAAUUGUGAUGAAGAGUAAAGAUUUUGAUCCAAAUGAACAGUCAGCGUGGUCAGCACUAACUAAAAACCCUGCUAAGUAACUGUAUCCUCUAUAGAACUUUACCAAUGAAAAAAGGGCAGGAGCAGAUGAAUUGUUUUCUGUUACAUAUUAGCGUUUUGCUAACCGGACAGUGGAGGUAGAGUUACACAUGCACAUGUCCUUGUUUUGUACAGCAUGACAGUACAAAUUAGAAGACUUAAAAAUAUGUAAUAUUAAAACUUAAUAGGUGCUGGUUAACUUUGUUCAAAUUAAACAUGUCACUUCAGGCUAAUGGUACAUGUACGUGUAGUUGCGAUUGACAAACCAGGCUGAAGAUCUUUUUUGUCACUGUGCAGCUGACAAAGUGUUUUUUGAUUAAGGUGGACAGAAGUACCCUUAAAACUGCUUCUUGGAAAGAAAGAUGCUUAGUUUUGUGAUUUUGACAAAAUGGUAAUGUGUAAGAGACUGACUAACUGAGGUUAGUCCAAUGCUACAUUGCCUGAUGUAAAGUUACUUUAGGACAAUAUGUCCACUGAUGUAAAUGUAUAUAGUAUAUCUGCUGUUCCUGGCAAGUUCUGCUCAGCAGUUAAGGCUCAUUCCUAAACAGAGAUGAUUAAGUCAGUUGGGGAGGAGAUGUGGAUGCUGGGAAAUGUUUCGGUUUCAGAAUGAGCCUUAUUCCUCCUUGGCAGCCUGUCAUAGCACUGUACAGUUGAACUGCUCAUUCACACUGAUCACAGAUCCACCCUGCUGCCAUACAGUGGCAAGCAACAGUACAUUUUUAAAAGUCCUGACAGGAGGUUUCUGUCAAAGAAAUAACUGUAAAUGCUGCUAAAUCACAAACUGUCCACUCCCAUACCAUCCACACGACUGUCAGGAGAGGAGGAAGCUCACUCCUCACAUAGUUACUGCUCUUUGACCCUUAAGGUCACAGAGGACUCGGCAUGUUUCUCCAUGGCUUGGCAUGUCUCUCUGGUUUGCACUGAUGAUAGAAUGUUUCCACACAAAACCAUGUAUUACACUUGUGCAUUUCCACAGUUCAAAGUGCAUUGACUCACCUGUCUUCCUACAUCUGCAGUGGUAGACUAAGUUUACGAUACUUGGGCAGAUAAAGGUGAAGGGGAGGACGCAGCUUUAAACUAUUGAGAUCCACCCGUUGUCAAUCCUUCUCAGAAAGCCACAUCUACCAGGCUGAUGUCACCCGCAGAAUGGAAAGACAACUUUUACACUACUUGGAGUUAGCUACUAAACCAAACUGUUUGUAUGGAUGGUGGUGGGUCCUUCAACACAGAGACACUGUAGAGACCCAUCAUGGAGUAAAUGCAUGAAAAAGGCUGGGAUUAUUUUUUGGCUUUUGUAAACAAAUUUCAUAAAAAGUCCAAAAUUAGCAAUGUUGUAGUUAGUUAGCCCAUCUCUUUCCCACCCUGUCUGUGGCUUGGUAGCCCCAAAUCCUGCAGUUUCAUGAAACUGCUUAUAAAUGUGUACCUUAUUUUCCCAGUAAGGCUCAGGAAUUGUGUGUAGUGAAAACCUCUCGUACAGGAGGAAAUGGUAAACUUGCUGGGGACUGUUGCUUAACAUGUCUUGUUUAUGGCCUUUUCAUGAAAUGUGUUGACAAUAAGAAUAUAGAACAUCUCCACCCUUAUACUUAGUAAAGGCCAGUAAUAUGAAGUAGUUUAAUGUGAUUUAAUCAAUAUAGUAAUAGGCCACAAAUAUAUAGUAGCAAUUACCAGCUCACUUGAUUUUGUCACAUGAGCCAAGAUCAGUUGGAUCAAUGUGUCUGUUAAAGUGUUGCAGUUAUUCUUGCUCUUUCAACUUGAUGUUGAAACAUUGAUUUUCAUUGCUGAUCGACAAUGUUAGUUUUGGUAGUGUAGUUUCAUAAUUUUGGAGAGCUUGGAAAGGACAGACAGAGAAAAGAAAAGUCUUUCAUAUGGAGGAAGCUCUUAAACCAAAAAAGAUCAGCUUGAUAGCAUCAUCAGCAGUAGUUCCUGUGACAUUGCAACUGCAUUUAAUUUGUAAUAUCAAGGGAGUUUCCCUUUACAUUUUACUUCAGUUUUACAACAUGGGCUCCGCAUAUGUGAGCUGUGUUGAAAAAUGGCCACCACCACUGGUGUGUGUAUGGAGAGGGGGUGAGUUCAGAGUCACUUGUUAAAAACAGACUUGUUAAAUACUUGUGCCCUAUUCAGGAAGGUAAAACAUUGCAACCAAGUUGGUGGAGAUGCAUUGUAGACCAGACACCAUUCUCUUUGUGGAGAAUUCUGUCAGCUCUGUUCUUUCCAUUUCUGUCUGUAAUGCAAAAUGAUGCAAACCCCAGAGAACGGCCACACAUGGAUCAGUCUCACUGCAAGCUGUGUCCAGGUCUGCUCUUCUGUCAUGGGAUGUGUUUCCAGGAAGUUAACUUACCACUGGUGAAUAUGAAUCUCCAGGGUAAAUGUUGUAUAAAUUGCAAUUUACUAGAAUGUUCAUAAUAGAUUAUAAGAUAAUAUUAAGGGCAAUGAAUAUUAUAUUGUAUCUUUAUCAAGGUUAUAAAUAAAGUUCCCAUGGAAAAGGUUGAAAACCUGUAUUAUGUGCUUCUUGUGAAUUGGACAUAAAUAAAGAGUAAAUGCAGAAAUGA